UGGGUUUCCCACAGUGGAUAAUCGGUGUCCCACUCCCAACUAAUCACAUAUAAAUGGAUGGUGACGUUUCCUGCCAGUCAGAGAUGUGCCAGCAACUGUGAAUGGCAGACAGAUAGGAGGAACUGGUACUUGCAGUUUCAGUAUGAAGAGCCACACAUCCAGCGACUGGGCUGCUAUGUCCUCACUCAUUCAGCUGCAGAAAACCCAUAUGAAAUCAACAUCAACGGCAGUUUCAGCAGGCAGCCUGAUUUCCCUGUGUCAGCUAAAGUAGCAUUCAAAGGAAAUCUAGUGGUGAAAGCAUAUGCAGGGGACAAAGAGUUUAGUGGAGAGUACAAUUUGGUGUAUGUAGACAAAGACAUUGCUAUUGAUCAGUUCUGCUACUUGGGACAAGAAAUGUCCCAAAUCUUCACCACUGAGAAGAAACCCAGUGCUGAGCUGCUCGAGCGAAUCUGGAAGAUCGUUGACGAACACCCUGAAGUAGAAAAAUCAUUAUUCAAGGAAGUAAUAUGCUAAUACAAUAUCUG